GCUCGACUCCAAGGCAAGCGCGCACCACCACCUGGGCACUCCCGCCGGCCUUUCAGCUCGGAGCCAUGUGGGCAGUGCAUGCCGCUCCCCGCCGGUGGCGUGCGCAUGGCAGUGCCGCUGCGGCGGGGCGAGCGGGCGCAGUGGCCGGUCUCGACGAUUCCCAUCGAGAGCUUGGAGGCGACGGCGCAGGAGUGGUACCGCUUUCGGGACAGCUCCUGGGGCGUGAUGCUCUACAACCACUAUGGCAUCUUCAGCGCCGCCGUGGUGACCCUGAUGGUGCUGCUGGGGCUCGGUUGGCGCCUGGCCCUUGCAGUCGCCUGCCGGCGGGACCACUCUGGCCAGUGCAACACCUUCCAGCCGAGCACGUGUGACAAGCUGACUGGCUGCGUCUUCGUGUACGAGGAUGGGGAGGGCAUCUGCACCACGGAGGCAGCCUUCACCGCAUGCGAGGACCUGAAGGACUUCUUCGGCAGGGUGGGCGUGCUGAUGCUCGUCAACCCCCUCGUGCUGGUGGGGCUCGUUCUGUACGUCAAGUACCGGCUGCUCCCCCGGCUCAGGGACGAGGCAGGCGGCCGCCUCGCCGCCCCGCUGUCCGAGGCCCUGGACGGCAGCGGCUGGUCGGUCAAGGCCCACGCGCUAGUCCGGAACAAGGGCACGCAGGCGCCGCAGGGCCUGCGCCAGGGGUGCUGCUCCCCAGGAGCUGUUAAAACGACGCGAAGAUCGGGACGAAAUUGGAUGGGGAUAAUUCGAAAUCUCUGAGAAUUGGCGGGUUUGGAGGAUGUAUUGAGCGCCGCGGCCGCUCCAGAGCGUUCCGGAAUGCUCUGAGAGCGCUCCGGAACGCUCUGGAGUGAUUUAUCCCGAUCCUAGCCCUGUUUUAGUUGUGGAGGACCCCCCUCAAGCUGCACGGAGCGCCAGCUCUUCGGACCUCUGCGCGGGCACUCCUUCCAGAGGAGGAGGUGGUGUCCAUACCGCUGAUCGGCAUGCUUCCUGGAUUCCUGAGGGUUCCAGAGGAGGAGGUGGUGUCCAUACCGCUGCCAGUCCCUCGCGCCGUUUCGGGCCUCUGGGUUCCCGAGCGGGGCCCCGUGAAACGUAAAGAAUCGAUUCGGGAUGAAAAACUUGCCCUGGGGAAUGGUCAACGCCCGAGAUGUCUGCGGGCCCUCGAGAAUUUUUGCGCGUGCCGUGCUCUGGCCUUUCUGAGGAUGGAUAUGGCUGGAGUUCGUGCCCUACGACAACCCCGUGGUGGGCGCCCCCCCCGCCGCCUUCGUCGCGCAGCCGCUGUCGGCCAGUGUGGUCACGGGCUUCGUGGUGGAGGAGCCCGGGGUCGCCAUGGCCCGGGAGCUGCAGCCUGUCCUCGCCCACGGCGCGCCCCCAGAACGCCUGCGGCCGCUGCUGGCGUCCUGAGCGGCACUUCCGGCGUUCGAGAAGUGUGCAGUAUCGGUAAGCCUAUCCAUUCUCUUGCUCCUCCUUACCUUUCUAACCCUCAUUGCCGUGCUCUCACCCGUCCCCUCUUGCUGCUGACCUCCUCCUCCUCCUCCUGUGCUGCUAUUCGGGUGGUGUGCUGAGGUAGUUCCUCUUGCGACGCAAGCGCGUUCAUUUGCAUGGCACUUCUCCCCCCCAUCCGCCCUUCCGCCGCUUUUUCGAACAGCGUGGCCGGCAAGUGAGUCCCCGCUUGAGUGAAGCUCAGAUGCUGGUUCGCCCCCUC